AUGGGUUUUAAGCGUAGAGGCGGAGAUUCUGGGCUAAAGGAGUCGGAAAUCAGUAUCGACGAUGAUGGAGAAGAAGGAGAUGAUGAGGAUGAAGAUUGGGGUGAAUUUGAUUUAGAAGGUGAAGGAGAUGGAGACGAAGACGAAGACGAAGGAGAGUAUUUGCCAAUGGAGAAGAUGAAGAGAUGGUUGGAGAAGAAGCCUCGUGGAUUCGGCGUAGGUAAAAAGUACGAAACUUCUGUUGAAGAUAAGCUGCUCGACGAAAUCGAGCAAAGCUGGAAAGCUCAAGCUGCUAAUCUCAACAAGCUCAAGAACGAUCCUCUCAAGCCACAGCUUAAGCGCGGCGACAAUCUCAUCAAAGAAACUCAAAGUGGGUUCCGUGUUCGUGUGACCAAUCUUCCGAGGAAGAAGAACGUUCACAGAGAUCUUAAGACUGCUUUUAAAGAAAGAUUAUCAUUUGGAAAAGUUGUAAAGCAAAUAAAAUGUCAGGUUGUGGAGUGUUCCUCAACCCAAUCAGUGUCCGAGGAAAUAUACUCAGAUACAGUCUUUGAGGAGCUUCCGUUUUCUGGUUUAGAAGCGGUUGCUAAUGCUGAUGCUGUUGUGGAAGAUACUUUUGUGGAUUCAUGGGAAGAUUCAUCGGAUGAUGAUUCAGAUGAAGAUGUUGAUGAAACGGAAGAGGAAGAAGACGAGGGAAACCGUAUCUCUAGCAGCGUAGAAUCUCCUAUUGAACUGAGACGUGAUUCGAAACCAGAGUUAAGGUCUCAGAAACAAGUCGUGAAGCGUGAGAUUAGAGAACACGAGGAGUUAGAGACACUUGUAGGAGAAACAACCCUGGAUGAUGAUGAUGAAUCUGAUGUAGAAGAAGUUGCUGAAGAGAAUCUUGAACCUCUGAUUAGUACGAUGUCAUCCUCAGAUGAGCAACGUGUAGAUAGAAUCCGUAAGCUAGAGCUGAAGCUUCUCGGUAGAGAAACACUCUUGGGAGGAGGAGGUGACUCUGAUAAACCAGAAGCAAAACUCGGUAGUGGAGUCGAAGGGAAGAAGAAGGAGAAGAAGAAGAAGAAGAAAAAGAUUCUUGUGAAGGGGAAAGCGAAAAUGCCAUCAAGCAUAGAAAUUCCAGGAUCUUCAAAGAGGUUAAAGGUGAAGGAGAAGGCUCUUUUAACCGGCGUGUUAGUCAAGUAUGCGGCAAAAGCUGCUUCGACCUCAAAUGACAAAUGA